CACAAGCCGGUCGUCGACGGUGUCCACUCGUUCCUUUCUCUCCUUCCGAAAUCGACAGGCGUCAAGACGGAGUCAGGUUCCAUCAUCACGAUGCGCUUCCACCUUCUUGCGGGCUUGAUCGCCUUUGGCAGCGGCCUCGGAGUCCACGCCGCUGGUCUGGCUGUUGCUGCGGUUCAACCCUCUGCUGCUGUCACAGCCCUCCCCACCGAUGCCCGUCCCACCGACACCGGUCCUCUCCAGCCGACCAUUACCAACACCUUCCUCACCUCCAGCAUCAGCGACACCGAGAGUGGCAGCACCCUCACCAUUCCCUGGCCCAUUUCCCCCAUUCCUUCCAGCUCCUUCUCGGUUAUCACCCUCUCACCCUCGGCCUCAGCCACCCCCGUUUCCUGCCCUCGCGAUAACAAUACCUUCUGGACCGACCAUGCCACGAACAAUGUGUACCAACUCCAAUGCGGUAUUGAUCACUAUGACGGCGCGGCCAACUGGAACUUCAACGAGGGCAUGAGGCACAGUUGGGAGGAUUGCGCGAAGUGGUGUGCAGAGUAUGACCAGUGUCUGGGCUUCAGCUACAUUGGAGGCAUCCCGUUGCAGCCUAAUUGCUGGUUGAAGAACAGCCUGAGGGGACAGACGUUGAACUGGAACAGUUGGGCGGGCAUGUUGGUAACUGGUGGCAAUGCUGUUGCUGGACAUGGUGAUGGUGGCAAAAGUGCCGCCGCGAAUACUGUUGCCGGUCUCGUGAAGGAGACAACUACAUUCCUGGCGGUUGCGGUUGAUACGACUACCAUGAUUGUCGAGGGAACUGCGGUUACAACUGCUGUCACUACUGUUGUCACGACGGAGUUGGUGAAGCCCAUUGCACCUGCUACUACACUCAGCGUCGCACGGACAGGCUCAGCACUUCCGAAUCCCACCGCCAUCGCAGUGAGCUGCAAUAACGAGACUUGGUGGGCAGAUGAAAGAGCUUCCUGGCGUGCCAUUGAGUACUUCUGCAAGGGUGGUCACGACGGAACGUUCGGCGGCCAUGCUUCUGACAAGAUGAUGCACGGGGAGAACUCCAUUGCUGCUGCCUACUGGCCCUACAACGGCACCACAGUCAUCACCAGCGUCGUUUCCAAGGCAGGCUGCACCGUGACACUUGACAAGAAUCUGUGCAUCCAGAGGUUCAGGGCGCCCAUGUAUGGCUGUGACUCGGAUGAGAGGUACCAGAAACGUGGCGGAUCGGUUUCUGAUGGCUGCUCCGACUGGACUAUCCACAUGCAGUCGUGGCCGAGUGUUGGACUCUGCCAGGAUCCCGAUCAGGACAUGGCAAGUGCAGGUCUGUGUGCGACUUGGAGCACUGGUUACUCUUCGGAGUCUGCCGCUGGUGAUGGCUUGAAGAUUGAUUGGUUUCCUCGUGGCUAGAGUUGGAAGCGAGGGUUGCUGAAGACACAAGAGCGGUUCGUGGCGGCAUCAUCAUCGAGCAUGUUCUCAUGCUCUUCCCUUGCAGAACUUGCUUGCACACCGAAUGACUGUGGCCCUUCAGAUAGCAGAGCAAGUCCAACACUACAAGAUGUAAAGAUUGGGACUCAUAGUAGGAGUCGCCCUAAUGUGGAGGAAAGUGUUUGGUGAUUUUGGCCUUUGGUCACCGUAUGUACCUACACUACUCAGACAUCAAAGUGAGCAAUAAACAAGUCAUAUAUCCGAG